AUGCCGAUUCAUGCAGCUGAACGACAACGUCAAUGUGACCGUUCUCUGGGUCAAAUACCACUGAGUUCAAAUGAAAUCGAGCUAUACUCUCGUCAGGAUGAAGUUACACGUCGUCGACGUAUUCUUUUAGCUGUACGUGAUGAAGAGCGACGUCUGGCACAGCACAUGACAAAGUGCUAUCGUAAUAAUCUACAGAAAUUGCAACGUCAAAGGGUUUACAAGGCUCAAAAGCAGUGGAAACUUCAGAAUCAACAUUCAGUAGAAGGUCGUUAUGAUUCAAAGCUGAACGUACUCGAGAGGACGGGCACAAGUUCGCCUCAAACGAAGAAACUUGUCGAGAAAGUGGUGAAAUGGAAGCAAGAACAUCCGAAAGUGAUACAAAAAGAAGAUGAGACGAUGAAAUACAGGAACAAGAUGGAUGAGAAAGAGGAUCGGUUCAUUGUGGAGGGAAGACAAGAGGUGAGACGAGAAAGAGGUAGAAAAGCUUUGAAUCAACUUGUGUCGAGACGACAAGGACAGCAAGCAAUGGAGUGGUUGGCGUUGAUGGAUAGAAUGGAGCGACGAGCACGAGAACAAAGAAGUGGAGAGGAUGAUCUAAUGGAUGCAGAACUGAACAAAUCAGAGCAAACGGCAGAACGCGCGUUUGCCCAACUGCUUGGUCUUGAUGAAGAAGGCUCAGUUGACUUGUCAGUUUUCUCUAUCAAUUCAGACGACAAACCAUUUUUUGCUUUGGCUGAUUCGGAUCACGAGUUCCGUUGGGACGGAGCUGAGGCCGAACGUGCAGAUUUGGAUGGCAGAACAAGUGAACCUACAGCAACGAAACACAGUGAUUUUGUCAAAUUGCGCGAGGGACCAGAGUUUGGUGGCCUGGUCAAAGGUGCUAAGGAUAAGCAAGCUGAGCGCACAUGUGGACAGCCUUUGACGACGACUACGUCAGGUAAAAUGCAGCGUGUUGAGCUAGAUAAACUUAAGAAAUUGAAGGAUGUUUGCAAGAGCUGUCCACGGCUAAGAGGAGUCAGAAGUGGCUACCAUGAACUUAGUGACGAUGGAUCACUACAGACACCAUUAUCACAAUGGAAUGGGAGAACAGACAAAGGUGGCUAUGUUGCAUUAACUAGUAUGGGGCGACCCCACUAUGACUGUAACACAUCGGAGCGACCUGAAGGCAACAAAGAAGAAAUCGACUCCAGCGCACAAUGCUCAUUACAAUCGUUCAUUCAAGAAAGCCCUACACGAAAACAAGAGCUGGGCAGUGUUGUUGUCGCUCAACCACUUGCUGAGAGUGGUCAAUGUUUAUCGUCAAAUUCAUUGCCAAACCCUUCUGUCGCCGAGGGCUUUUACAAAAAGACGUGUUUUGGUGAUGAUUACGUAGGAGCUGCUGACAAAGAACAGCGCUCAUAUUCCAAAUCAUCCAGUACUUCUAACAACAAAAAAGUGUCUCACCUUGAUGUAGUUGGCAAUAAUUCUACUUCAAUAGCGCGGCUCCAAAAGGUCGGGGACAAACCCGUCAAAUUGAACUCCAGUGCCGAGUAUCUGUCGGGAGCAUCUUCGACUGCGACGUCGAUCGAAAAUGUGGAGUCAAAAUUACUUGUGGAUAGCACAGAGCAUCAAUUGUAUGAUGUACGAGCAAAUCACUCUGCUCCCCAUGAGUCAAAUAUCUCACCAAAGAGCUUGGAUGGAGAUGAAGUCGACGCGAGGGUACUUGAGCGCACGCCAGAUAUCGGUAAAAAGCGCUUGUUUACGCCUUCAGUUGAAGAAACAGCAACGGAUCACUUAGUGCCACGCUACGCUUCGGCUACAGAACCUGUUGACGCAUCGCUGAUUGAAGGUGCUGAGUUUUUGUCACCAGAUUUAUACGCGAGUCGUGAUGAUGACAACGGCAAAUUUUGCAAGAAGGGUCGAGUCUUCGAUAGUACUAGCUAUCGCGACGUGUCUAUUAACAAAGACGGUUGGCUGUCAAUGUUUGACUCGUUUUCAGCUUCUAGCUGGGAAUCUUUAUCGCAUCUUGCUGAAAUGGAUAAUGAUAGGGAAGGGUCUCCGGAGCAACAUUGUGUCGAUCAGUACACGAUGUAUUGUUCGAAGUCUGAGGGUUUCAGUGAAUACGAAAGAGAUGCUGAGGCUGAAUAUCAGGGUCCACCUGUUGGUUUCAACAGGGCGCACUCUUCCGUUCAUUUCAGUGAUCCUCGUGGGUCGUACUGCCAACGCAUUUGGUACAAGGCUCGGAGAAGUAGCACUUCAGCUGUCUCGGUUGCGCAGUACUCUUUACCAUCGUCGGACACGCAGAGCUCGUUCGACGAAAGCUUCGAUCGAUUAGACCUUGGCCAGGAUGAUAGCUUCGUGAAUGAACUGGUGCCGAUGUUUCCCAAACACAAUUUAACGUCAUCGCCACAAUCUUUUGACAAGGAUAACGAAACAGUUGAGGAGUACAACAUCCGGUUCGUGGAACCAAAUAUGCGUAGAAUGUUAACAUCAGCGCAAUGUCUUUCUUGUGAGAAGAGUGGGCAACGCCUGGUUUACGAGAAGCACCAGGUUGCUAAAACUGACCAUUCACAACGUCAGGUUUUAGCAAACUAUUCCAGUUCUGAACUUGGUGCAACGAGUUUCAACACUUCGGUGAAACGAUUACCAGCGCAACAACCCGAAGUGGAUGGACAAAAUAGACAAUUGGAGACUGUGGCCGCGGGGUCCAAUAGCAGUCGACGAUUUGGGAACAGCCCUCAAACAAGUGAUCAUAAGGAGCAAGAUGCCAUGUCUGAAAUCUCUAGCGAGGCUAGUGUUUCUAGCCUCGGAUCUACUGCCCAACUGAACAUUGCAGUUGAUGCUACUCGGAGACGCAAUGCUGGUGACAAAGCACGAGUUACUUCCAGCAGUGCAGAUGGUCUGCACAAUCUAUCUGCUCAGGAAUAUCCAUCCGAUGACAAAAUGGACAAGCAACAAAAUGCCUCUGAACAAAGUUUUGCAUCUAGUUCAAGCAUGUCAAUGGACAUUAACUUCGACCAUCACAUCAAAAAGACUUCGGCUGUCGAACAGUCCUUGCCGCUGCAGCUUUGGUUGCCUGCAAUGACCUACGAAGAAAAGAAUACGAACGUAUUACCAGCACCAAUGACCAAUAGAGUAAAGAAUAUGACAGUACCACCAGCACCAAUGACCUGGUCGGCUUCGUCAGUGUCCUCGAUUUCUUCCUCUAGGAGCAUUCCAUGCUCGGACCAAGACGUAAGUGUUUCCCUUGCUGAGGAGCAGCACGCACGUUGGUUUAAAACUAUGAAUCAUUUAGCGCGUGACUGCGAUUUACAGCACUCCUCUCAUGUCAGUUUCCAGAGCGAGAAUUGCAAUGUAAGCAGAGUGGCUGGAUGUACACGAAGAACUAGAUCAGAAAAAGCGGCGCGUCGUUUCACAUUUGCCGACAGCAAGCGGUUCAUUACACAGUUGCCACCGUCUUCACCAAGCUUACGUAACAGGAGCCAGUCACCAGCACCCAAACGGAAUCAACGAGAUAGCGAUAUAGAUCAAGGUGAAGGAGAAGUGUCAUUAGCAGAAGCUUUUCAGCAACACCAUUCUGGCUUUGGUCAACGAGUUAAUAACCAGCAUGACAAGAUAAAGCCUCAGCAGGACAAGCUAAAUAAAAGUAGCCGUCAACAACAGAGUCAAUUUGAAGAAGAAAGUAUGCCGAUAAAACAUGAUUCAGUUCAAUGCGAUGCUGCACCAAUUACCCGUAGUCGCGGCACGACAGGUCUUUUUUUCAGAAGAAGCACAGCUGCUGGGUCGGGUAGAAGAAAGUAG